AUGUCCCCACAGAGCCAGGUUCCCGCCCAUAGCAAGGGCUCAUGGACAAGUUUCCUAAAGGCAUGCAACCCCCCAUUUUCGAUCGCCUCCUUUAAUGGUGAUCUAUCCUCGCUGACUGCUCCUCCCUUUAUCCUCUCUACUACCUCCCUCACCGAGUACUCUGCCUACUGGGCCGAGCACCCUACCCUAUUUGUGGCACCAGCCAAGGAGGCCGAUCCCGCGAAGCGUGCUCUCCUGGUUCUCAAGUGGUUCCUCAGCACACUGCACCAGCAAUACUGCAGCCGUAGUGAGAAGCUUGGUAGUGAGAAGAAACCUUUGAACCCCUUCUUAGGAGAGCUGUUUAUCGGUAAAUGGGACGGCAACGCGGAAGUAGGGGAGACUGUCUUGGUCAGUGAGCAAGUCAGCCACCAUCCUCCGGCCACAGCCUACGCGAUCCGCAAUGAGAAGAACGGCGUUCAGCUGCAAGGAUAUAACGCGCAGAAGGCCUCUUUUUCUAGUACUAUCCUCGUAAAGCAAAUUGGCCAUGCGCUGUACACGCUCACCCCGCCCGGAUCCGACGAGAAGGAGCAAUACCUGAUCACGCUUCCCAGCCUACACAUCGAAUCGCUGAUCUACGGCUCGCCCUUCGUCGAACUGGAAAAGUCGACCAAGAUAGUCAGCAGCUCCGGCUAUGUCGCCAAGAUCGACUAUUCCGGCAAGGGCUGGUUGAGCGGCAAGAAGAAUACUUUCAGCGCGAGCCUGUUUAAGGAGAGCGAGGGUGAGAAGCACCCCCUCUACACGGUAGAGGGCCAGUGGUCGGACAAGUUCUCUAUCAAGGAUGCCCGCACCAAGAACGUCGUCGAUACCUGGAACUCCAAGGAGAACCCCGUCACCCCGCUAGGCCUCGCUCCCCUCGAGCAACAGGAUCUGUACGAGAGCCGACGUGCCUGGAGCAACGUGGCCGCCAACAUCCAGAAGGGAGACAUGGAUGCUGUGUCCGGAUACAAGUCGCGCAUUGAGACUGCUCAGCGCGAGCAGCGCCGCCUUGAGAAGGAGGAGGGCCGCGAGUGGGAGCGCCGUUUCUUCAGCCGUAUUGAUGAGAGUGCCGACGACCCCCAGAUCCAGCGUCUUGCUAAAUUGGCUGAUCUCACUUUCGAGACUGAUAAGACUGGCGGUAUCUGGCGCUUCGAUGCUCAGAAGGCUCUUGGCGCUCAGCCGCCUUACCACAAGGUUGGCGGCGUGGGUCUCGGUCUCGCUGAGUAA